CACCAUUUCUUUGCUUUAUGGUUGCUCUGGAAAAUAAAUACGAUAUCCAUACAAAGUGCAGAGGCGCAGGGUUAAAGUGAAGGGCAGAGCCCUAAAGAUGGCAUCAUUCCCCUGGAAUCUCGGGGAGAAAGCAUCAAGUUGGAAUUGGGAAGCAUGUCUGAGGAGUAGGGAGUAGCGCCUCGUCACACAUCUUUGGUGGGAGGAAGAAAGGCCAUUGUGAGAUAUAUAUUGUCAGUCUCUGAUGAAAGGGCUGGCGAUCCAGAGCCCCAAACUAUGGACGUGAGCCCCAAACAUGAAGCGGCAGGUCCAUCCGCGGAUUACUCUGUUAGGAUCAGUCAUGGCAAUGGAAGGGCACUCUCUUCUUACCCAUCUCCUGGCCUUCUUAGCAUGGGCCUUGUCCUAAGGCUUGGCCACGCCCAGCAUGCAGCACCCCCACCUCUCAGCUAGGAUGGGAGGCAGGCGGAGGCUAUUUGCGGGGGCUGUGCCGGGUGGGCAGUUUUCCCAGAGCGAGGAGUAAAGAAGGACUGAGUUGGUGCUGGCUUCUUCAGAUACAGACUGCUGGUGGGAUGGCCAGCCUGUCCAGGCUAGCUUGAGCCCAAGGGCUCCUUCAGGCUCUGUGUUACCGCUCUUGGGGCUACAGUCCCAUACCCCAAGAGAGUGGCAUGUCACAGGAGGCCGCAGGGGUACCAGCAAUGCCAAGAGCAGGGCUCGGCCAGACUAAGGCCAAAGCACGGAUGCUUCUAGGCACUGUCAGGAAGAGGAGCCACCUCAGCAGGACGAGGCAAAACCUAUGGGACGACACUAGCUGGAGCAAUCAGAGAUUGAACAGAGCCGCCUCUGCCCCUCGAAGGACCAGAGCCAAGGGAACAGCUCAUGGCAGGAACGAAGCCAGCCCCGAGAAUGCCGCAAGGGAGCGGACCCGUGUGAGGACUCUGCGCCAGGCCUUUUUGGCCCUGCAGGCUGCUUUGCCUGCCGUGCCACCCGACACUAAGCUUUCCAAGUUGGAUGUGCUGGUGCUGGCCACGAGCUACAUAGCCCACCUCACCCGAACACUCGGCCACGAGUUACCUGGCCCUGCCUGGCCGCCCUUCCUGCGUGGACUCCGGUACUUACACCCCCUCAAGAAGUGGCCCAUGCGAUCUCGUCUUUAUGCAGGAGGCUUGGGGUGCUCUGCCCUCGAUUCCACCACAGCCAUCGCUGCCAGCCAAAGAACCACGGAUGAAGAGGUGGGGUCCCAGGUCUCUGUAGCCGAAGAUGUUCUCCUCCUCGCCAAUCCAGUAUCUCCAGCUCCCGGCAACAAAUGGCCAGCACUCUCUUAGACUGUGACUCUCACUGAAGGACCUGGAUUUUUCUACCACCUCUACCUGUCUUUCCCCCUGACUCUCAGCCUUUGGAAUUGACUCAGGCUCAACUCUCAAAUUCAGGCUUGGCUUCCGGCAGGCAGAAGAAACAAUGGUAACAUCGAUGGUAGAGAGUUCCAAGGGAACCCAGGAUGAAGAGCUUCAGCUUUGACUCUUAGGAAGGGACAUUCUUGACAGGAGGUGAAAGAGCAAAGUGUUUGGCGUGGUUCAAAGUCAAGUUAGGGAACCACCCUCCCCUUUCUUCCCUAGGCCUCCUCACACAGCAAGAAGGCAGAAAUCACUCUGCUGGCAUAGUUGGGGAAGGCUAGGAUGGCGGCAGCCCCAGGUGCUCAUGGGGAUAUCCGGGAACACGAAAGGCCUUGGGUAGUGGUAAGUGUGAACACAGCUAGGUCACAGGUCACAAAGCCAGAGAGGAAACUGAAGAAUGGAAUGUGAUUCCCCCCCCCCCCACCCCAA